UCGGGUCCAGGAUGUAUAUCUAUAUACUAUAUAAGCUCCUGUAACAGUAUUCAAGUCUAGUUGAGCCAAAACCUUCAAUGACAACCUGGUUCAGUAUCCUCCUUGUGGUUCUGACCACUGAGGCGUACAUUCUCAACUCUGAUGGAUCUUCAAUCCUAGUUCACCGCCUUGCGGUACGUUCAAUAGCUGAUGCGUCCAGCAAUGAGAAACGAUCCCAUCCCGUUUACUCUGGAUACCCCUACUUUUUUGGAAAUAGCGCUUUCGCAAAACCACAUCAUAAAGACGGAGAAACUGAUUUGGUUCGAGAGAGAAGAGAAACGGAGUCUAACAUAGCUGAGGCAACUGUUCAUGAGAAACGAUCCCAUCCCGUUUACUCCGGAUACCCUUACUUCUUUGGACAUAGCAUAUUUGCAAAACCACAUCAUAAAGACGGAGAAACUGAUUUGGUUCGAGAGAGAAGAGAUGCGGAGUCUAACAUAGCUGAGGCAACUGUUAAUGAGAAACGGUCACAUCCCGUUUACUCUGGAUAUCCCUACUUUUUUGGAAAUAGUGCUUUCGCAAAACCACAUCAUAAAGACGAAGAAACUGAUUUGGUUCGAGAAAGAAGAGAAACGGAGUCUAACAUAGCUGAGGCAAUUGUACAUGAGAAACGAUCCCAUCCCGUUUACUCUGGAUACCCCUACUUUUUUGGAAAUAGCGCUUUCGCAAAACCACAUCAUAAAGACGGAGAGAUAGAAUUAAGACGAGAAAGGAGAGAGACUGGGUUACAUAUUGCUGGAGCAACCUUUCAUGGGAAUGGAUUUCAACUGGUUAACUCUGGCUAUAAUGGAGCUUUCCUAAUUCCUGUCUACAAAGAAAAAAGAGACGAUGGGAGGGAUACAUAAUUUUAUUUCUAAAUCAUGAAUAAAAUUGAGAUUUGUUCAAAUAGUCUACUGUAGUUCAACAGUUGUAUUUUUAACCCACAUUAAUUGGAUCCUUAAUUUGGCAAUAAAAUAUAAUAUUUAUUUUCAAAAACACAGUUGGUUAAUCUAAUAAAUUUCAAAAUUAAUGAUGAGAGAAAGAGCUGUGAAAACAACAAAGUAUGUGUAUGAACAUUCACAUAAACCUACAUAUUAAUAUGAACUAAAUACGCACUAUCUGAUACAGAUUAGCAAAAUUAUAUUUUACCUUAAUUGAAGGAACUUGCCGGCCAUGUGCUUCAAAAAGUAUAAUAGAGCUUUAAAAGUCAAAACAUUAAAUAAGGCCUGAAUAUACUUUCAAGUCGACCCAAUCAUAAUUUUUUUAGCGAAAUUUUUAGAAUUGUGUAAUACUAGUGUGUAGAUUGUAGAUCGCCAUAUAUCUGGCGUACAACUAGAAGACGACAUUUUGUCAAAUAACAAGUUUUCAUUCACAGUCAUUUAGAAAUACUUAAUAUCAAAUGCGGUCACAGUCUUUAGACCUGGGAGCCUUAAAUUUGUCGUACAAUCGGAAAGUUAAAAGCACCAAAAUUCAGACCACAUUUUGGAUUAGGGUUACGAAUAAAAGUCGAAAAAUAUUUCAGUGAUCAAAGACUCCCUUCAAUUCUUCUUGCUACUGCAUGUUUCGUGGAACACCCUGUAUCAAAUGAAAUCACAAUUUUUAGACCUAGAGGACUUAAAUUUGUCAGAUGUAUCAAUCUUUAGAGGGGAAGGGGUCCAAAACUAAAAAAAAUUUAAAAAUCAAUUCUUCAAAUCUACUUAAAAUAAAUAUUAUUAAGGUUGAAUAAUAUCUUUCAAUUGCUUUCAUGAAUAUAAAUUGUAUUUUAAAACAACUAAGAAAUCUCUGUAAAUAGUUUGUACACAAUCAGUUAAUAUAAAUAAUAAAUGCUAGGCUUUCUCUAAACUGUUUUGAGUCUUUAUGUUUGCCUUAGUAGCCAGUUGUACUAUAGUGUAUGGAUAGGGAGUUCACAAAACCAACUUAAGGAUAGAAAAAGUAAAAUUUGUCGAGUUUUCAUCAUAACACACAACCUUUUAUUGGCUUUGAAAACUUGGAAAUUAUAUAAAGUAAAAGAUGAUCUCUGUUCUUUUCCUUUUAUUGUUCUGGAAUGAUCAAUUUUCAGGAGUGUACUCUCAGUACACUGAUAAGAGAUUGGUUUUCAAUCAUACUUGUGGUUUAAAGGCAACUACACCAACUUGUCUCAAGACCAUAGAUCCAAGUGUUUACUUCUACGAGAGAAAUGAAGGAACAUGUUUCUGCUAUGGAAGAUAUUGUUACUAUUUCUCCUUCAGAACUGAUCUGAAGCUAAACUGGCAGGACUCUAAGAGAAUGUGUGAGUGUAGAGGUGAAAGUCUGCUGAAUGUUAUCGAAGAUGGUGAAAUUAAUGCAAUCUCAUUUUUUACCCAGGGUUUGUUAACCGGUCUGCAUGUACAAGAUAUGUACAGAAAACCUGUAGUUCUUGAAUGCUACAAAUAUCUGGCAUGCAUUAAAAGCAAGGCUGCUGUGGUUGACACUGGACCAACGCAAGUUUGUAAAAUGAAUCCGGAACAGUUGAAGCUGUGUGAUCAAAUGCUCUCCUGGGUUGACCAGCGAGCUACAGAGGAUUUGUGUGGAAGCCUGGCUGCUUGGUCAAAUAACAAGAAUUGGUUGAACUGUCAGGAGAAAAUACAUUUUGUAUGCGUAUCCGAGGGAAAUGCUUUCUUCUCUUCUCUACCCGUUAUCCUUCUUUGCUUCUUGGUUCUUUUUAUUCUUCUUUUCUUCUAUCCAUCAAUCUUCCUAAUAUAAUCUUCUCUUCUCUACCCGUUAUCCUUCUUUGCUUCUUGGUUCUUUUAUUCUUCUUUUCUUCUAUUCAUCAAUCUUCCUCAUAUAAUCUUCUCUUCUCUACCCGUUAUCCUUCUUUGCUUCUUGGUUCUUUUUAUUCUUCUUUUCUUCUAUCCAUCAAUCUUCCUCAUAUAAUCUUCUUUUCUCUACCUGUUAUUCUUCUUUGCUUCUUCGUUCUUUUUAUUCUUCUUUUCUUCUAUCCAUCAAUCUUCCUCAUAUAAUCUUCUCUUCUUUACUCGAUAGUCUUUUUUCUUCUUCUUAUUCUUCUGAUCUUCUAUCCAUCAAUCUUCCUCAUAUAAUCUUCUCUUAUUUACUCGAUAGUCUUUUUUCUUCUUCUUAUUCUUCUGAUCUUCUAUCCAUUAAUAUUCCUCAUUAAUCUUCUCUUCUCUAACCGUUAUUCUUUUUUGAUUCUUUCUUCUUUUUAUUCUUCUGUUCUUUUAUCCAUCAAUCUUCCUCAUAUAAUCUUCUCUUCUCUACUCGUUAUUCUUCUUUGCUUCUUCGUUUUUUUUAUUCUUCCGUUCUUCUAUCCCUCAAUCUUCCUCAUAUAAUCUUCUCUUCUCUACCCGUUAUCCUUCUUUGCUUCUUGGUUCUUUUUAUUCUUAUUUUCUUCUAUCCAUCAAUCUUCCUCAUAUAAUCUUCUCUUCUCUACCCGUUAUCCUUCUUUGCUUCUUCGUUCUUUUUAUUCUUCCGUUCUUCUAUCCAUCAAUCUUCCUCAUAUAAUCUUCUCUUCUUUACUCGAUAUCCUUCUUUGCUUCUUCGUUCUUUUUAUUCUUCCGUUCUUCUAUCCAUCAAUCUUCCUCAUAUAAUCUUCUCUUCUUUACUCGAUAGUCUUUUUUCUUAUUCUUAUUCUUCUGAUCUUCUAUCCAUUAAUAUUCCUCAUUAAUCUUCUCUUCUCUAACCGUUAUUCUUCUUUGAUUCUUUCUUCUUUUUAUUCUUCUGUUCUUCUAUCCAUCAAUCUUCCUUAUAUAUUCUUCUCUUCUCUAUCAGUUAUUCUUCUUUGUUUCUUUCUUCUUUUCUUCCAUCCAUCAAUCUUCCUCAUAUAAUCUACUCUUCUCUACCCGUUAUUCUUCUGUUGUUCUAUCCAUCAAUCUUCCUCAUAUAAUCUUCUCUUGCGUUCUUUUAUGAGAAAUCUAUAGUAAAAUCAGAGUUUUUUUUUGGCUUUUGGCAAUAGACUUUAAUAAUGUUAAGACUAGAAAUCUUUAGUUUCAAUAGUCUGUAUAAUUUUGAGAAUGACAUAAAAACUAAACCACUAUAGGGCUUAAAGCUAUGAGAUUUUUAGAUUGUAAGCUGUUUAAAUACCCUAGAUAUAAUUUGUAAAAAAAUGUAUUAAGAAUGUAUUAUUAUGUUAAUAUUCUUAACGUGUUUGAAAUAUAUUUUUAAAUUUUUGUGUUAUUUCAUCUUCUAAAUAAAAUUUUAACCUCAUUCUGCAUCCUAUUUUUUUUUUGAAAACACCAUAUUUGAGACUUUCUUAGUUUUAUCAGUUUAUUUUUUUUAUAAUAUUUUGAUUUUAUUGCAAACUCUCAAAAUAUUUCUCUUAUAAAUGGUGUCCCAAAAAACGUACUAGAGAACUAUCAUCCCCCUGAUCUUCCCCAAUUCAGCAAACUUUUAUAACUUUGGAGAGAAAAAAAAUAUUUUCAAAAAGGGGGGGGGGGAAGAAUAAUGAUUUUUUUUGAGAAAAUAUACACCCCGGACUCCUGAGUCAAUAAUAAUUCAAUAAUAACAAAUGUUUAUUGAUCACAGACUGAGCAAUAACAAGGCACACUAGGGAGGAUAAACCGAACUGGUCUUGUAUAAUGGUUUAUCAUGGUAUUAUACAAUAAUUGGAUUAACAUUUUGAAUAUAAACAAAGAACUAAGA